AGAAAGAACUCCAGACAUCACAGUUCUACCAAGCCAAUUUGAAACAGAGCCGACUCAAGCCGCACAGGCCUAUCAACGCGACUUAGACAAGCUCACAAGCAUCAUGCUCCAGUACUUGCGGGAGCACUUCAUCAGCUCUCCGGGGAUCAAGGCGUUGUCCCUCGAUAGCCUUACGGAAGGCAUGAACGCCUCUCAGGGAGCAAAGAUGUUCUUCCACAUCUGCGUCUUAGCUUCAAAUAGCUAUCUCAGUGUGCUACAAAAGGAAGCUUAUGGCGACAUCCUCAUUGGAAGAGGAAGCCUCUUUUGAUUCACCUGCGUGGAAGCAAGAACAACAAGAACGUUUUUUGGCCGCGUUCCGGACUUUUCAAAGGGUUGACGAGACUUUCGUAAGUAAAAAUUCUUCUUUCCGCGAGCUACGGAGCAAUGGCGAUGGAGUCCAACCGCAGCGUCAACAAAUGGAUGCGUAAGUUCUUCCCGAAAGCGAGCGAGCAGGAUAGGGGCGAGCUGAUCGAUCUCUGGCGGAGAAUGGAGAGCGUGAGAUUCCCCGAUCCGGACGGGACCGCGCUGAGCGAGGAGGAGCUCCUGGAGCGCACGCCCAGGGCGGAGAUCCGCGAGACGGACAUGGGGGAUAUGAUUGGAAAGGGGAGCUACGCAGUGGUGCACCAAGUGGAGUGGAAUGACAAAUCCUAUGCCAUGAAGAGCUUCUCCAGCAAAUCCGAGGCGCUGCGCGAGCUGGCCAUCCAAUCCAAGCUCUCCGGUCACCCGCACAUCCUCGCUUCGCUCGCCUACGCCGAGAUCCCCCGAGCCAGCGACGCCCAGAGCGACAAAUUCUCCAUCCUCAUGGAGCUCUUCGUCGGCAGCAUCGAUCGUAGGGGCCGAUCGAUCGAUACCCUCGCCGAAUUCGGGGCCGCGGACGCGCUGGAGAUCAUGCUCCAGCUCGCGCGUGCGCUACUGUUCAUCCACUCGCAGAGGAUCAUGCACCGCGAUGUCAAGCCCGGCAAUGUGCUCUAUCGAUCGAAGGACCCAGCCCAGGAGGGAUUCGUGCGCGGCGGGACGAUGGUCAAGCUCGCGGAUUUUGGGACCUCGCGAUUCAUCCGCGAGGGAUCCUACGUCCACACCUCCAGGAGGGGGAGCAAAUGCUACUGGGCGCCCGAGGUCGUACAGGAUGGCCCAACGUGCCCGUACACGGACAAGGCUGACGUGUACAGCUUCGCUAUGACAUGCUAUGCCAUUGGUACGGGAAGAACGCCGCUGGAGCGCUACGCUGGGCUGAGCUCGCGGGAUUUCUACCGCAAAGUGCGCGGGUGGGGGUGUAUUUUGCCGGGGAAGCGGCCAAAGGUGCCGCGAUGGAUGGAUCCGUCGCUGGCGAGAGUGAUGAAGCAGUGCUGGCAUUCCACGCCCGAGGAGCGCCCGCCGAUGGGGGUGGUGUGCUGGGCGCUCGAGUUCCUGGCGGCGCGGGCUAGCGGCGCCGCCCGCGCGGAGCUGAGCCCCGCAUUGUACCCGAUUGUCAACGAUCGCCCGUGAAACUCUGCGAGGAUUGUGCCAAAUUGCUCAAAUGGGCCAUGAAUGAGGGAGGAAUCGAUCGAAUUCUAAGAUUUUCUUUGUCUGGCAGAUCUUUCUUGGCUGCUCCAAGCGUUUCAUUCUUUGAUUUGUUUGUCUGAUCAUGAUCAAUUCAAACUCACGGGCUGGCGGUGCGUGUUGAA